CCCAUAUAUGUUAGUGUGUAGUUUUCAUUGCUGAGCUCCCCCUGGUGGUUGAUGAUUUAAACUUUAUCUCUUUGGUACCCAUGUGAGCAGGGGAGAGGCAAAGAAGAGGUCAGUCCAUACUGAUUACUUAGCGAGAGGAACUACAAAUACCAGAAGCUCUCGGGACAGCCAUCGAAGGACCCCAGGAUAUUCCAACAAAUUCACUAUUUCCUAAAUAUCUAUUUUUUUUUAAAGUAAAGCUCUAAUCUCCAGAAAUAUUUUUGUGAAUUGACUGAUGUGGCUUUUCUAGCAACUGUUAUUUUUCUUUUUGGUGUGUGUUAAUUUCUACCUCAUAGCAAAGACACAGCAAAAAAGGAAGGACCCAGACCUUUAAUCCUGUUUUGCAGUGGAUUUAAGAAGAAACAAUUGCAACAGACUGGAAUUAGCCAAUGGAAAAGCUCCUGAAAAUCGAACUGAAGACCUCCAUUCUGAAGGCAUUUGGGAGCGCAGGAGGAGGGUAUAUUAGCCAAGGGCAGAGCUAUGAAACUGACAGCGGGCGAGUGUUUGUGAAAAUCAAUCACAAGCCUCAGGCUAGAAAAAUGUUUGAAGGUGAAAUGGCAAGUUUGGAAGCUAUCCAGAAAACCAGCACACUGAGGGUGCCCCAGCCCAUUAAAGUGAUUGACCUUCCAGGAGAGGGUGCGAUGUUUGUCAUGGAAUACCUGAAGAUGAAAAAUCUCAGCAAACACCCUGCAAAGCUGGGAGAGCAGAUAGCAGAUCUUCACCUUCACAACCAGAAACUUGGAGAGAAAUUAAAAAAGGAAGGAAACACUGUUGGUAAAGGUGCAGGACAUUCUGAACCUCAGUAUCUGGAUAAAUUUGGAUUCCAUACAGUCACAUGCUGUGGCUUUAUACAGCAGGUGAAUGAAUGGCAAAGUGAUUGGCCUACUUUCUUUGUAUGUCAUCGACUCCAAGCUCAAAUGGAUUUGAUUGAGAAAGCUUAUGGAGACAGAGAAGCAAGAGAACUGUGGUCACAGCUUAAGCUGAAGAUUCCUGAGAUGUUCUGUGAUGUGGAGAUUGUCCCCGCUCUUCUUCAUGGGGAUUUGUGGGCAGGAAAUGUUGCUGAGGAUGAUUUUGGCCCAAUUGUCUUUGAUCCUGCUUCCUUCUAUGGACAUUCUGAAUUUGACUUAGCGAUUGCUGGGAUGUUUGGUGGCUUUAGCAGCUCUUUCUUCUCUGCCUAUCACAGUAAAAUCCCCAAAGCUCCAGGUUUUGAGAAACGAAACAAGUUGUACCAGCUCUUUAAUUAUAUAAACCACUGGAACCAUUUUGGGAUAGAGUACAGGGGAUCUACUCUAAAUGUAAUGAGAAAGCUCUUAAAAUAACCAUUUAGAGGUGUUCCUCAAAGAGAAUCUAUCACAGCCUCUUACUAAUUCAGGUGGCCUACUUGUUGAUAGGAACACAAGCUAGAAAGAGUGAAACAUUGAUGAGAAACCCACAUGGCAUAUGUAAAAGACAAGGGGGUCUUUGUACACAUUUGAGCCCACUAAAUGCUUGCAGUGGUUGUGUAAUUUCUGCAUCAUGUUCUAGUUUACUAGCAUAUAUCACAUUUGUUAGUUAGGAGAUUGUGCAUAGUCUGUUGUUCAGUUGGUGAAACUCUACAUGUUUGAAAGCAGUUUGAUUUACAGCCUAAUCUCAUUCUCCAUGGGAUAACCUAGUUUUCCUCACUCUUUUAUCACUCUUUGCCCUUCCUGCCCUAUAAGGAUUUUAUUGUGGGGUUGUGGUAUUGGAAGUAAUAACUAAUUUAUCACUUCUUCCUCCUCUUGCUUUUCCAUUUUACUUUUCUCCUCUUUCUCUAUUCUCCUCUGUUCCCCUCUACCUACCUUCUAAAGGAUCAGCUCCAACAUCUGUUGAAGUCAGUGGGAGACUUUUUUUGGCUUUGAGGGCAGUUGAACUGUGUUCUAAUUCAUUUGCAUAGUGCAGUCUAUGAGUUAGUAUUUCUUACAUUUAUUUUAAAUUAAAAUUCAUGACUUUCCUUUCUAAAGGAAAAAUUCAGUUCAACUGAUACCUCCUAAGAGUAGGUCUCUGUGCCUAUUGUAGAAUGAAAUAUAUAAACAG